UUAUGUGGAGGCUAGAAUGGGAUUUGUACAUGUCGUUUUGCAAGGGUAUUUAGUUGUGUUUACCGGCUACUCUCGGAGUGCUGUACUCUUUCAAUAGGUUAUGUUUACGCGCGUCACCAGCCUAUGGACACUUUUACCGGCUUCACCAAUUAUAGCACAGCUAGCUACCUGUGAUUUUAUCUGUGGGAAGUUGGAUCAUGUCACUUUACGUUGUUGAGAAAAGGUAAACACGGACAGGGCAGACGACCAAGUCAAAUCCAGAUGUAUUGAUUAAUUUGUUUACCAAAUCACUCCCAGACAGAGUAAAGGUGUUGGACUACAGAACUUUGACAGCCUUGGUCGUCCCAACGUGGUGGUGCAGCAGACGACACAGAUCGCCUGCCUCCAGGGCAGACGACACAUAGAUCGUCUGGUGCCGGGGGACAGAAGAGAGUAGACACGACAAGUUCUAUGUCGCCUAGCUGAGACACGUUCGUCUCCACACACCCGCAGUCUCAGUUAUGGAGUUCGGCUGAAGAUCACUGAAGAAGGUGCAGGAGUGUCACGGAGAAGGGCAUGUUGUUGUUUGACGACGGAAUAACGGCCCCGGUGUUGUGACAGACGAAGAGGACAACAUGGAGAAGCAGAGGAGGAGUUUCGAGUUCCGGAUGUCAAAGAAGGUGGCAGAGCUGACGCAAGUCGUGCACAUGCUCUUCACGCGCAAUCAUGAAAAGGAGGUUGAAAUUGAUGCUGUGAAGGAAGCAUAUGAGUUGGAGAUCCAGAACAUCAUAGAAGACGCCGGAAAAAGGUUGUCGACCCUGCAGUCAGAUUUGGAAGACAUGCGAUCCCGGGCUGGAGACGAGGGCGAGAAGAUGCGAGAGAUGAUGAAACAGGAGUACAUGCUGCGGGAGGCGGAACUCGCCAGGAGGCUGGCGGACAGCGAGCAACAUUUGGUCGACGAGAGGAAGGAGUGCCAGAACAUCCGGGACCUUCUCAUCAACGCCCAGAAGGACAUUGAGCAGCUACGCCAUGGAGUCGCAGAACAACUUAACUUAAAAUCAGACGAGAUAGCAAAGCGAGACCGAGAGAUUGAACGGUUGCGCAAACAAGUGGCACUUCUUGAAAAGGGAAUGAAGGUUUCGGAGAAGGAGACAAACUCGGCUGUCAGAGAUUUCGAGAAGAGCAAUGAGAAGUUGGAGACUGAGUUGACUCACAUGCAUGAACUGUUGGAAGAAAGUCAUAGGGUCAAGGAUCAGUUGUUGGCCAAGGUCAAGGUAUUGGAGACUGAGUUGAAAAAUCUGAAGCGAGACUUCAACAGACGCGUCACAGAAACUGUGGCUAGUCAAGUAAACAAGAUGCCCCGCAGUGCGCCGUCUUAUACAAACCACAACGAGGAGCUGGAGCGACUACGCCGGGAAAUACAGCGUUACCGCCUGGAACUCAGCAACAGAGACUCCAACUUCAACCGUGUGUUUACCACGCAACAGCCGGUCAUUGUGGAUCCGAGGAGCGCUAAGUCCGGAGCAGGACAGUCACCUCAACCUAACAAAUCUCUCAAUCGCAGCCAAAGCAACCUCAGCCAUGGUCAGUCAGGGUCUGUGAUUCAAAAUGGACUUGGCCAGCCAGUGUUGGUAAACGGGUACACAAAACCCGGCUCUCGGAACCACAGAAACACCGCAGUCCCCACAGGCAAACCCCACUUCUCCAGUACCAUACAAACGUACUACGAGGAGCUGAACCCAAGCCCACGGCCAAACUCGGCUUCCAGUCAGUUGCCAUCCAUAGCUUCCACAACGUCUUCCGCCGAUGGAAGGUCAAGGUCACAGAAAUUUUCCAAGCCGAGGCCGCUUCCAAAGGAAAUGCUCUUUUCAAAAUGACACUAUAGGACAAGGUAGUUACCACUGAACGAAUGGCACUUACUGUGACAUACUGCGCAUUUGAAGACUUCAGUGAGUCCAGUCAGGAGGGGCGUUGUAGCACUUGACAAGGAUGAAUAUGUCCGUCACAGAAACUACUGUUUGUGUCGGGUGACGUCAUAGCUAUAGAGUUAUGUCGAAGCAUACGAGGAUUAAUGUUGAUAUCCAAAAAGCAGUACUGUGAUAAGUAUGUACUAUUACUAGUAUGUCGGACACUGUUAUGAACAUACCAUGACGGCCAUUUCUGUGACGCUAUACACUGAUACAAUGCCAUACGCUCGUGAUGCUAUUCCCUGUGACAUUGUGACACUAUGUCAAGUGCUACUAAGCCAGACCCCACUGUGACGCUAUUCACUUCUGUGAUACUAUGCCAGACCACAAUGACGUUGUGAUGCCACGUCACUCGCCACUGGGACGUCUUCACUGUGGGGCCAAGUCCGACAAAAACUGUUCAAUGUGAUAUCACGACAAACACUACUGUGACGUCAUUUACUGUGAUACCACGUCACACGCUACUGGUCCGAUAUUCAUGAUAUAACACACCAUGUGACGUCAUUCAAUGUGAUACCACGUCAGCUGUUAUUCUGGUAGGCACCGUGAUCUCAACCUCUGUUGUCUCGAAGAUAGUUCAUCACAAGAAACCAGUGUAAACUUACGAUGCCAAUGACUUCUCUACUUGACUGUAAGACAGAAAACAAAAUCAGAAAUACAAAUGCUAUACAAAACAAGUCUAUUACAUGUAAUGGUACACUUAUGGAUUUUAUUUAAAAUAAAUAUAUGUUUUUAUUCAAAUUGUUGCCAAAAGGGAAUUUGAUCAAGUUUACAAUGAAGGAGAUUGCCUGUAAGCCCCCAUAGUAUUCCAAGAGUAUUCAAUACAUUCUGAACAUGAGCCCUGUAUGAAUCCUGUGUGAGGCUACGAACAUCACAAUUUUUCAAUACUCUUCUCAUUGCUGAGACUCAAAAUUUCAAAGCCUUUGUGAUUAAAUGUGUGAUUAUUUCGGAGAUUCUGAAACAAUUAUUGUUUUGUGACUUCUUUGAGAGGCAUUCAGAAAUUGGAGUUCUAAGUAAGGAUGCCAUAUAUGGUUAACAAUUUCUUUAUUACGGUUAGGCGCGACGUUUCUGUGGAGGUUCUAACACCGUCAACACUUGCUUGAUAACGGUGUUCGAACCUCCACCGAAGCGUCGCUCCUAAUUGUAAUAAAGAAAUUGUUCAUCCAUAUAUUGUAUCCUUACUUAUUGUUUUGUGUUUUAUGACUAGAUGGUGUUUUCGCGCGUGAUGCCUAAAUUCGUUCUAUGUGUGAGGUCCAAUAUGUCAGCAAUCGCUCACCAACACUAUCGUAAUAUGUCCCAUUUCAAGCACGGAAACAGCCUUUUGAAAACUUGCGUUUGGUAGUGGCGUUAUAUUUGUUGAAAACAUAUCGCCACAUGAGUAAGUUAUGUUGUUCAAAGAGGUUAUGGUUAUGCCUAUACCUUACCGAUCACCGACACUGUGUGACAUUAACAUUAAAAUCCACAUCCGAUAUCUUUUGAUAUAAAUACAGGUGGAAAGGGGUUAUCAGAAUUUAUCCUCGGUUGCUUAACAAAUACGUCAUUGUAUCCCAACUGCGUGGAUCGAUGCUCAUGAUGUUAAUCACUGGAUUGUCUGGUCCAGACUCGAUUAUUUACAGACCGCCGACAUAUAGCUGGAAUAUUGCUGAGUGCGGCGUUAAACAACAAACCAAACCAAAAAUACGUUAUUGGCUACAUCCAGCUGUCAAGUCUGGACGUCAUGCCCCGCAUCCGAGUGUUGAAUGUACACCGAUGUGUUGAUGUUAUUGAGCAAAUUGAUCAGAACUAUUGCUGCCUCAUGAUUCAACCGUGUUUGGUCAAUCAGGUGAUGAUCAUCCACUGGUCUAGUGCAUUUAAUUUCGAUGAGCUACAACAUAAAAAAACAUCAUGAUAAACUGCCUUUGAAGUAUCGGGAAGCAUCGAUAGUUUCGGUUCAAACUGUGUUUGACUGUUAGAUCUCAGCAUGCAAUUUGUGUCUCGUUCAUGCACCUAAUAUUAAAACGCCCAGAUCGCCAUGCGGUAAUGUCACUGACUGAUGUCACGAUACGUAAUCACACAUGCAGGACAGUCUUGUAUUAGGCUUAUACUGCAAAAAACAUCGUAACAGUUAAUGCUCCUAUAAAUGUGACAGAAUGUUGUUUUUUAAUAAAAUGAGUCCAGAAAUAGAGUACAUACUAAAUUAUUGUAAUUUUGAGCAUAUUAAUGCGGAUGUGGUUGAGAGAUUGUUGAUGCAGUUUGCACUAAUUACCCUUCAAAAUACACUCGAUUGGAGUAACAGCUCUUCUAAGCUGUCAGUUCUGUCUCAACUUUCUGUUGAACUCAAUGACUGUGAAGCCUUAGUUCCUGUGUUUACGUGGCAUUUGUAAUGUCUUGGUAAUAAACCAACCACUAUUUUUGUACAUACUUGAUAUUUAUAUAAUAAAGCAUUUUUAU